CGGCUAUCGGCUAAUAUCGAUCGCUCUAUAGUUCUGCAGUGACCGAGCGGCUACCGCGGCGCGCGCGCGUGCGUGCUAUCAUGUGUAAACUGUGACGCAACGUGCUUAUGAAGAUGUCACUGUGCAACACUUUCAGGUUAUUCGUUGUAAGCUUGAUUAUCGUGUUGUCAAGUAUUGACACACCAGCAGCAUUCACGCUCCGUCGCACUGCGGGCGGCGGCGAGUCAAGCCGAGAUCUUGCUCAAGAAAGCGUUUCAUUACAAAUAAAAAAUGAGCUUAAAGCAUCAUCUACCACUCUUUCGACUUUAAAAAGUAAUGAUAAUUUGAUAUUGAACUCAUCCUUAUCGACACCUAGGACAGGUAAUGGAGUACAAGGAUUUGAUACCUACGAAAUUAUAGAAUCGAAUAAUUCACAAAAUCCAGAUGAAGAAAGCCAAGUUUUAAGUUCGGAUCCGCCCGAUUUAGCGCUAGUAAAUGGUGCUGAAACGACAACGGAACCUGUAACGACGAGCGAAUACAAUAAUGAAUCUGUCGAUAAAACCACGCCGAUAUCAGAACAAAUCAAUAAUGAACCUAAAGCAAUUACUAGCAAUUCUAGGAAAGUUGAAUUCAUUCAAAAUGAAGCCAUUGCUGUAUCUGAUGCAACUGAGAUAUUACCAGAUUCUACGUUUAAAUUAGAUGAGCCUGAAAUUACAACAUCUUAUGAAUCGGAAAAUCUUCCAACAUGGAAAAAAUAUACGACGAUUGAUAGAAAACGACCAGUAGCUACAACAAUCGAUGACGAAGGUACUCCGUUAAAUAAAACAGAAGAAAUGAUUAAAGCUGAAACAAAACCAUUAAGGGUUUCUCUUCAGGAUACUGUUACUUCUGAUAUACCCUCGUUAGAACAAUUAAAAAAUGAGCUCUUGAAUUCUACAUUAAAAGAUCGAGCGUUGGAAAGUGAAACUGAAACAGUAAGUUUAGUUUCAACGGAAAUAAAUACACCACCAGAAGAGUCUUCAAUUAAAUGGGACACAUUUGAAUCAAAAAGAGCAGGAUAUUUGGAUUUAUCACAAAAAGUGUCAAAUGAGCGGACCGUAGUAGGAGAUCCCGAAUUUAAAGUGAAUUCUAAAGAAACUAUACGUGCAAUGUUUGAAAUCGAAGGUGUAGAAGCCGAUAUGGCAGAAGAUAAAAAUGAAAAUAGAAUGCAGUCGCAGAGUCAACUGAACGAAGACGCCAUUAAAGAGGAGCUUCUGAAAGAAAAAUUAAUAAAUGAAAACAAUGAAAAUGCUGAUCGAUUCGAUCCUACAAUUCAACCUCUGCUUGACGUAGAUAAUUCAAAUUAUACUUCAAUACAAUUUAAUACUUUUAAUGAACUGAGCGUAAAACCGAUAAACGGUGACAAAGUAAAAAACACAACACUAUAUGCAGUGAAUCCUAAUUACAAACCAUUGAAAAAAAUAGAAGUGCAAGCGCCUAAGCAAUUUGUUAGAGACCCCGACGACAAUAGCUGGAGGAAUGAAAGCUUAAGCUCAUUGGGAAUAGUUUUUAAACCAAAGAAUUCUUCAAAACCUUUCACUCAAGUCUUGAAAAAUAAGACAGAGACAGAAUGGAACAGUUUAAUGGAGAAAGACAGCAAAAAUGACAUACCUGACUUAAAAGAACGAUUACAGAAAAUGGCUGAAAUGAGGAAAUCUAAACGGAAGAAAACAGACUCCUUCGGUAAUAUUGUUUACUUUGAUUACGAAGAAAAUAGCAGUUCGGGGGAACAUAGCACGACAGACCAACCUUUAUCGGCUAUUACAUCUUCUGCCGAAUCUCUGACGACUGACAUAUUAGACGAGCGCAGCAACAAUUCAUCAGAAGUUUCAGAUGUCACUACACCUAUAAUUUUCACAACGGAAAAAGCAAGAGGCAAAGUUAGAAAUUCAUAUUCAACGAGGAAGUUUAGAAAAUUCUUCAACGUUCCCGAAUACUACGAUAGCACUGAUGAGGAUGAUGUCGACUAUUUGAAUAUGGCUAAAAUAGACAUCAAAAAGUUCACCACUUCGCCCAAAACAGUGCCUACCACAACUCCAACGCCAACACAACGGCCGUGGACAUUCAACAAAGUAUCACACACAAUAUCACCUGAGCGUAAAGCUACAAUACAGUAUUUCCCACCGCUCUCCACCCAAAAAGUUAACAUUAACGAUUACGAUAGUGAUUUUAAACAUAAAGUUAAUUCGUUUACUAACACUGAACCGCCAACGAAUAUUUUACCUGUAUCAUUAGAUAGACCAUUAACUAUAGACAAUUCUCAUCAGUAUAAAACACAAAAUGAAAAAGUUAAACCUUUUGAGAUAGCUACAAAGCCAGAAUUUAAUAGAAAUUCUUUCUAUUCGACUCAACCACCACACACGACACAAACAGAAUUCACGUUACUGAACAGUGACGGAAAUUACGAUAGAGAUUCCUAUGUUAUUAGACACUAUAAAGAUUACCUAAGCGAAGCCGCGAAGGAUAAUGACUUCGAUAAGAAUAUAGAUUACGUUCCGUACACGAAGGCUCCGCCUCAAGACGUCACCCAGACUGAUCUCAUAACUUACGUGACGGAAAAAGCAAAAAUGAACAUAGAUAACGAGUAUGAUUAUGAAACACAGUUUCGUAAAGACGUCUUACAGAGAUUCGUUGAUAAUUUCAAUCAAAACAGCGAACGUUAUAAAUCAGAAUUUCCAAUUUUAUUUAACAACAGCGUUAUUCAUAGAGAUACAGAAAACGGUAGAGAUAUCGCUUCAUCGAGGGCGUUUAUGAGAGGUCUUUAUAACACAAAUCCAAAGAUAAAACACGCUCAAAGGGAAUCUUACGAUCCAAAUAACGACAAUAUGACCGUAGAACUAUCGCCGUCCUACGAGCUACAUUAUUACAUGCCCGAGCAGGAAGAAAAAGAAGUAGCGGUCCCGCAACCAGUUACGCUGCCAUACCAAUAUAGAUUAUGAAAUUGAUUGAAACAUAACGAUGUAUUACUGGUAAUAUAUCUUAAUUAAGUCGUAGAAGCUAUGAUACCUUUAGUUUUAAUAGUAGAAUAUGUUUUUGUUGAUUUUUUUUUCGUUUAUAUUUAUUUUAAAAAAAAUUAACUAAGGAAACGAGACACGAUCGAUUGUUUAAGAGUGAUAUUAAAUUGUUUUUUUUUUUGUGAUGUAUACUAUAUAAAUAAUUCUAAAAGGCCUCGGUUAGUUUGUAAAUAAUUAUACGAAAUUAUAUCAAUGUUUAUAAUCAUCUAAGGUUGAAUCUGAGGUUAAAUGUUAGCUUUGCGACGUACCGUCGUGUAAGCAUCGUCUGAGAUGGGACUGUACUCAAAGAAAUGUUAUUGUGAUAGCGUGUCAUGAAAGAAAUAAACGAAAUCGUUAAAUAUGUUUAAUUUCAUCUCCUCUUUUUUUAAAUAACU